CCGGGGCCGGGGCCCGCCGAAGGCUCCUUCCCUGAGGGACGGACAGGGCGGGGCUCUGAAGACCAGGAAGACCCUCCCAGAAGAGGUUGGCGGGAAGCCGGAAGUCUCGGAGCUGUGAUCGGGCUGUGCCUCCCUUCCCGCCGAACGCCCAUGGCUUGGUCUGGAAAGCAGACCCGUGAGUGCCUCGCCCAGUACUAGCAGGUGACCGUAGACUCGUGUUUCAGUAUAAUGGGAUGAAUCUCAGAGUGGAGCAGCCCCGGAUCCUCAGCCCAUUCCCUAAGGAGCACUCAGUUUCAAGCUUCUCUCCUUCAUGCCUGCCUGAUUUCCAUGCCCAGGCUUCCACUUCCCAGAGAAGAUGUGAUCUCUUAUUGAAGCAAAGGGAAACAAUCGGGAUGCUGGAGUAAGGUCUGAGGAGCUGCUCUCCCGAGCAAGAGAUCAGACUUGAAAUGAAGGACACUACUGAGGACAUAAACCUUUCUGUGAUAGAAUCUCACAGGCCAAGAUCCCUAAGUCCCUAUGACUUUACUUGGAGAGAAAUCUGUGCUACACAUGAGAAAAUCCACACUGGCAAGAAACCUUAUGAAUGUAACCAAUGUGGAAAGGGUUUUAGAAAAAGGAGAGCUCUUACUAUACAUCAGAGAAUCCACUCUGAAGAGAAACCUUAUGAGUGUAACCAGUGUGGAAAGGCUUUUAUAAAAAGACAAACUCUUACUGAACAUCAGAGAAUCCACUCUGGGGAGAAACCUUAUGAAUGUAACCAGUGUGGAAAGGCUUUUAGAAAAAGGGGAGCUCUUACUGUACAUCAGAGAACCCACACUGGGGAAAAACCUUAUGAAUGUAACCAAUGCGGAAAAUCUUUUAGAUAUAAGAGAAGUCUUUAUGGACAUCAGAGAAUCCACACAGGGGAGAAGCCUUAUGAAUGUAACCAGUGUGGAAAGGCUUUUAGACAACAACAGUCUCUCACUUUACAUCAAAGAAUCCACACUGGAGAGAAACCUUAUCAAUGUAGCCAGUGUGGAAAGACUUUCAGCUAUAAGAAAUCACUUACUGUACAUCAGAGAAUCCACACUGGGGAGAAACCUUAUGAAUGUAACCAGUGUGGAAAGGCUUUUACAACAAAAGAAUCUCUUACUAUACAUCAGAGAAUCCACACUGGGGAGAAACCUUAUGAAUGUAACCAGUGUGGAAAGGCUUUUAUACAAAAGGGAGAUCUUACUGUACAUCAGAGAAUCCACACUGGGGAGAAACCUUACGAAUGUACCCAGUGUGGAAAGACUUUCAGCUAUAAGGAAUCACUUACUGUACAUCAGAGAAUCCAUACAGGGGAGAAGCCUUAUGAAUGUAUCCAGUGUGGAAAGACUUUUAGACAAAGGGAAUCUUUUACUGUACAUCUAAGAAUUGAUAUGGCAGAGAAACCUUAUGAAUGUAACCAAUACGGAGAGACUUUUACAUUAAGCAGAAGUCCUUAUGAACAUCAGAGAAGCCACAAUGGAGAGAAAUAUUAUGACUUAGUGACAUUCAGGGAUGUGGCUGUGGACUUCACCCAGGAGGAGUGGGACCUCUUGGACCCUCCUCAGAGGGAGCUGUUCAAGGAGGUCAUGCUGGAGAAUGCCCGGAACCUGCUCUCUCUAGGUCUUCCUGUUCCCAGAGAAGAUGUGAUCUCUUAUUUUAAGCAGAGGGAAGCCUCCUGGAAGCUGGAUGAAGAGGGCCUGAGGAGCUGCUCUCCAGAGCAAAAGAUCAGACUUGAAAUGAAGGAUACUACAGAGGAGAUAAGCCUUUCUGUGGCUGAACCUCACAGGCCACCAUCCAUAAGUCCCUGUGACUUUACUUGGACAGAAAUCUGUGCUACAGAUGAGAAAAUCCACAAUGGCAAGAAACCUUAUGAGUGUAACCAGUGUGGAAAGGGUUUUAGAAAAAAGGGAACCCUUACAGUACACCAGAGAAUCCAUACUGGAGAGAAACCUUAUGAGUGUAACCAAUGUGGAAAGGCUUUUACUGAAAGGAAAACUCUUACUGGACAUCAGAGAAUCCACACUGGGGAGAAACCUUAUGAAUGUAACCAGUGUGGAAAGGCUUUUAGACAAAAGGGAGAUCUUACUGUACAUCAGAGAAUCCACAGUGGAGAGAAACCUUAUCAAUGUAACCAAUGUGGAAAAACUUUUAGACAAAAGGGAAAUCUUAGUAAACAUCAGAGAAGCCAUGCUGGGGAGAAAGCUUAUGAAUGUAACCAAUGUGGAAAGGGAAAUCUUUUUGGACAUUAGAUUAGCCACACUGGAGAGAAAUAUUAUAUAUCGUAUAUAAUUAUAUAAAUAAUGAAUAUGGAAAGGAUUUGGUAGAAAAUACUGAUUGGUGUUUGCCAGAUUUGUGAGGAAAUGUAAAUACAUUAAAAUAAGGAGGAAAAUGAAUUUAGUAGAGAACACGGGGAGAGAUCAGUCUACAGAAGUCUAUCAGAUUCCUUGUAUCCCUUCUAUCACACUGUUUCCUUGAUAAAGGACUGCUGUGGGUGCCUCUUUUGUAGCAAAAACUGAUAUUUCCAAGGGUUUUUGAGUGACUCUUUCAAUCACA